UGUGUCCACGUCAUUGGCAAUGAUACAUUAAUUCAUCUGCCUAAACAGACUGUUAAUUGGAUCCUCCAAACAACGUCAACAACAACCUGCCCGCCUAUUUGUUGGAAUAACUUUGACCUCACUUAAUCAAUAUCCACUAGAAGUAGAAAUCAAGCAAGUCGCAGCACAGAUAUGUUUUUAACGACUUCCCAGAGUUCAAAUCUAGCGAAUGCCCCUCCUCCCCCACCGCCGCCUCCUUCGACCGGCAAGGAAGAGCCCAAGCCGCCAAAUGUAGCAUCAGAGGGACCCGCCGGAGCUUACCUGGUCGAGCUUCUAAUCUUCAACGGUUGGCCAUUUAAGGAUCACUGGGGAUACUGGGUUCGCUCACACUCUGAUCCUAAUAUCGGGGUGGAGCUACACGCGACAGGUGAUGUGAGGAACGGCUUUGAGUUCCAGAUCAAGCGUAACCACGACAUCCAUGAGACCAGCGAGUGCCCCUCUACAAAAAUACCAUUGCAGUGGGUCGAUGGGAAGCAUUUCGAUGAACAAGCGAUGUUGAAUAAUGGGACCUUCAAGCUCGACAAUGUCCCUGUCUGUACCUUUGAGGCUAGUGCACAUAAGGUGAAGGUACCGGAGAAGUCGUUGAAUACUGUGAAUGAUGCUACAAUCUCGGAAAGGAAGAUCAGUCAAAAGGUCGAUCAACUUGUGAAGGAUCAGAUAUUUAGCCAGGAGGUCGCUACUUAUCUGCGUGCGAUUGAGCAGUGAUGUAUUUAUGAAUCCUUUAGCAAUGAUAAAAGCAACCACCAAGUUGGAUUAAACACUGGACACGAGGCAGUGGAGACACCUGAAGAUCCUGGUGGAGCAUUGGAUUCUACAUUCUCUACGUCGCAAUUGAGGCGCAUUCGUAUGAGUCAAAGAUAUCCACAAGGUGCAUAUUUAUUAAACAGCUGUCAAGCCUUUAUUUCGCCAGAUAUCAC